CCUGGCUGCUGCCUGUCACAGGGAAGGGAGGACAAUAUUUAACAACAUGGAUGAUUAAAAAUAACUGAGAAUUCAACACAGUCUUGGACAACAGCAAACAUGACAAAUGUGUACUCGUUCGAUGGGAUUGUGGUGCUUGGGCUUCUGUUCGUCUGUACGUGUGCGUACCUCAAGAAGGUGCCUCGCCUAAACAGUUGGCUACUCUCUGAGAAGAAGGGAGUGUGGGGGGUGUUCUAUAAAGCUGCAGUGAUUGGGACCAGACUCCACCAUGCUGUGGCUAUAACCUGUAUGUCGAUGGCAUUGUACCUGGUCUUUUUAAAGUGACAGCGUCAGGCUGGGAUGGACUGGACUGAGAUAGAGUGGACCGGACCAGGCCAGGCUUGGCUGUGCUUUGCAGAGCUGGAUUGGGCUGCACUGGGUUGCCACCCAUGGACGCUGUUUGGACAAUGUGCCCCCAGAACGCCCAUUCAUUCACCCAGUAACCCCAAAGGACCUGUAUAAAGGACAAGCUAAUACUGCCCCCAGGUGGUGUAUAAGAUCCCUGUCACUCACUGCACUCUUCAACACCUGGGUGCUUCCCAAUAACAUCUCCUUUCUCCUGGAGUGUGUACUCGUUCACUACUCCCCACAAAUGUAAAAGCAUUGGAUUGGUGUAGGCGUGGACUAGGGAGUUUCCAUAUACCAGUCAUUUCUGUUCAGAGAUCUAUGAAGGGAAGUGCACAAGUGCACACUUCGGGAGAAAGGAGAGACUACCGGGACGCAUCCCUGAACGACACCACCGUCAUCCAGUUUACCCUGAGUUUACUGUACAGAUCUUAUUAGAACAGUGUUACUCAAUCUAUUCUCGAGGUGCACAUUUUUGUCCUAGCCCACCACUAACACAUAAUUUCCCCCCAUUUCUUUCCACACCAAAUACAAACACACACACAACCAUUUAUAGACACACACAAACAAUGACUACAUCUUCUCUGUCCAGACCCGCAUGCUCACACCCCCAUCCAUAGUACCUGCAUUAUUGUUUGCCACAUGGCCUGAAACUGCACCAUUUCGUUUCUGUCCGUAGGCCACACACUUUCAAUAUUUACAUAAUAAAUCAUAGAUCUUUCCAUUGUGUUAAUGAUGGCAGAUUGAUUGAUUUCCAAGUUUUUAGUAUGUUUUUUUCAAGAUGAGUGAUGAGAA